CAGUCUUCCAGACGCGAUCAGCAACACACAGCGAUGCUUCUCCAUCCCAAUCUCAGCAGACUCUUCCUCAUAACCGAUUCCCGUCGGUGUCGGUUUCGAGGAGGUCAGCCAAGGUUUCCGACACGCAUGUGACUACAGCCGCCGUAUGUGAGUUCACGCCAGCGAAAGCUCCCUGGAAGUGGAGAGAGAUCGGACAAAGAGCGGCCGUUCAGAUGCAGCGAUAACUUUGAGGAGGUUCGCGUUUAUUUUUUUUGGACGAGCAGCUGACGAUUGUUAUAAUCAUGCCUGUACGGAGAGGUCAUGUCGCUCCUCAGAAUACCUUUCUUGGAAUAAUAAUACGGAAAUUCGAGGGACAGAAUAAGAAGUUCAUCAUAGCCAAUGCUCGGGUCCAGAACUGUGCUAUUAUUUACUGUAAUGAUGGAUUCUGUGAGAUGACGGGAUUCUCGCGGCCGGACGUCAUGCAGAAACCCUGUACGUGUGACUUCCUACAUGGGGAGCAAACCAAGAGACAUGCGAUUGCUCAGGUGGCUCAGGCUCUCCUGGGGUCAGAGGAACGGAAAGUGGAGAUUACGUACCAUCGCAAGGACGGAUCAGACUUCCAGUGUAACACUCACAUCAUCCCAGUGAAGAACCAGGAAGGAGUUGUGAUGAUGUUCAUCCUGAACUUCGAUUAUGUUCUAGACGAGGAGAGCACGGACUCCAUGGAGAGACUGGACAUCACCCCGCCUGCCAAAUCUGAAAUCAGAAAAGGCCGGUUCUUCGGCUUCCGUCUGCCGGCUUUGAAGCUGUUGGGAACCAGUAAGCAGUCUCUCCCGCAGGACGACCCCGACUCCAUCAUGGUGGACUCGCCCAGGGCCAGCGACGACUCUGAGGUCGUGACGGACGUCCGCUCGCACGCGAAGGACGGCUCCAGUCCAGCGGACGCCAACGACACGCGGGCGCUCAUCAGCUCCAGCCCUCACUCCUCCCCCGUUCCCCUCGACCAGUCCUCUCCCAGUCUGCCCUGGGAUCAGCCCAGUCCCUCUCUGACCUGCCUGGCCCAGUCCCUCUCCAGAGACAGCAUGUUCAGCCGGAGACGGGCCUCCUCCGUUCACGACAUCGAAGGCCUGAGCACCAACUCCAAACGUCUGUUUGUGGACACACACACAACUGAAGGCCCAUUCAACCAUCUGAAGUCCAGUCUGCUGGGAUCCACCUCAGACUCGAACCUGAACAAAUACAGCACCAUCAACAAGAUCCCGCUCAUCGCGCUCAACUUCUCUGAAGCCAACGAUAAGAAAGCGCCUUCCCCUCCGUCCUCAGAGAAAACCAUCAUAGCACCAAAGGUCAAAGACAGAACACACAACGUCACAGAGAAGGUCACGCAGGUCUUGUCUCUGGGUGCAGAUGUGCUGCCGGAAUACAAGCUCCAGACGCCACGCAUGGAUAAGUUCACCAUCCUGCACUACAGCCCAUUCAAAGCAAUGUGGGAUUGGCUCAUCCUGCUGCUGGUUAUUUAUACAGCCAUUUUAACCCCUUAUUCUGCUGCCUUCCUGCUCAACGACAUCGAGGAGCAAAAAAGACGGAAAUGUGGCUAUUCCUGCAGCCCUCUUAACAUGGUGGACUUAAUGGUGGACAUCAUGUUCAUCAUCGACAUCCUCAUAAACUUUCGCACCACGUACGUGAACUUGAACGAGGAGGUGGUGAGCGAUCCGGGGAAGAUCGCCAUCCAUUACUUCAAAGGCUGGUUCCUUAUAGACAUGGUGGCGGCCAUUCCCUUCGACCUGCUCAUAUUUGGAUCAGGAUCAGAAGAUACGACCACUCUGAUUGGCCUGUUGAAGACAGCGCGACUCCUUCGACUGGUUCGUGUUGCCAGGAAGCUGGACCGUUACUCUGAAUACGGCGCAGCGGUUCUCAUGCUCCUCAUGUGUAUAUUUGCUCUUAUUGCCCAUUGGCUCGCCUGCAUCUGGUACGCCAUUGGAAAUAUGGAGAAACCGUACCUGGACCAUAAGAUCGGCUGGCUUGACAAUCUCGAGGUGUCCAUUGGGAAGAAAAUAAACUACAGUGACCCCAGCUCUGGCCCGACCAUAAAGGAUAAAUACGUCACUGCACUUUACUUCACAUUCAGUUCGCUGACCAGCGUCGGCUUUGGAAACGUGUCUCCGAACACCAACUCGGAGAAGAUCUUCUCCAUCUGCGUCAUGCUCAUUGGAUCUUUGAUGUACGCCAGCAUUUUUGGGAACGUUUCCGCCAUCAUCCAGCGGCUGUAUUCGGGUACGGCUCGCUACCACAUGCAGAUGCUCCGUGUGAAAGAGUUCAUCCGCUUCCACCAGAUCCCAAACCCGCUCAGGCAGAGACUGGAGGAGUACUUCCAACACUCGUGGACCUACACCAACGGCAUCGACUUGAACACGGAGGUCUUAAAAGGCUUUCCUGAGUGUUUGCAGGCAGAUAUUUGUCUCCAUCUGAACCAAAGUCUCCUUCAGGGAUGCAAGGCAUUCGAGGGUGCGACUCAAGGGUGUCUGCGUGCUCUCGCCAUGCGCUUCAAAACCACGCACGCUCCUCCUGGAGACACACUCGUGCACUGUGGAGACGUUCUCACCGCUCUCUACUUUCUGUCUCGAGGAUCCAUUGAGAUCCUCAAGGACGACAUAGUGGUGGCCAUUCUGGGUAAGAAUGAUAUAUUCGGAGAGAUGAUCCACCUGUACGCGAAGCCGGGGAAGUCGAACGCUGACGUCCGAGCGCUCAGCUACUGCGACCUGCACACCAUCCAGAGAGAAGAGCUGCUGGAGGUUUUAGACAUGUAUCCAGAGUUCGCUGACUACUUCCUCACCAAUCUGGAGCUGACCUUUAACCUGCGGGAUGAGAAUUCAAAGAGCAUUUUAUCACAAGCCAGUGAUUCAGACGGAGAGGACACGAAGAGUCGAAGGAAGAUCUCCUUUAAACGUAAAGCAUCACAUGGAGGAAGCCUCAAAGAACCGGACAGCAGCGAGUGCCGGACAGAGCGGCGAGAGUCUCGUCUCAGCUCUAAGAGAAGCUCUGAGGACCGUCGCACCUCCAGAGACGAGCAGCAAAGGCUUCUGGGAGCGACAAUAAUCGAGUAUCCAUCCGUACAGAGCUACACCUCCAUGCCGGGCUUCAGUCCUCCCGUAGAGGACGCUGAAAAAAAGACAUAUGAUGAUCUCCAGACUGACGGGUGGUUACCUGACAGUGUUAAAGCGCACGUGGACACGACUGCACAGGAACAGGCCGGCGCUGAAGAUGAAGACCUGGACGGUGACAUCACGUAUGGAGAAGUGGAGCACAGGCUAGACCGACUGCAGGAACACCUGAGCAGGUUAGAGUCUCAGAUGACGUCAGAUAUCCAGAGUGUCCUGACGCUGCUUCAGAGACAGACGUGUUUGGGACCUCCGGCCUACAGCAGCAUCACGGGGGAUCCGGAGUACAAGAGACCCGUCGCUGCACAGGAACUUUUGGCCAUGGCAAACAUCCAUCCGAACCCCAGAGACUGUCCGUCGGGUGUUUCCACACAGGACUCCACUGCCAUGUACAGUUUGAUAAACAGCCAGACUCUUCCUCUGACACGAGAGCAUUCGAGAUCCCUUCUUCCAGUCCAGCCAGCGAGCGGAUCUCUGGAUCUCCACAGACCGGGGUCUGAUCCAGCGCUCCUGGAGGACCAGCACUGACGCUCUCGUCCAGGACGUCCCACGGCUCUUCCACUGGAAGGACAAAGGACAUUUUCAAACAGGCAUUGGCCAAAACUUUAACACCAAUGCAAGAUUCUCCUCCGGCACUCGCCUGUAUUCUCUUCCUCUGUGAUGUCACUUCCUUCUCCUGCGUUACGGUCGAGGAAUAUUUCAGACUUCCAUUUUCAGGAAGUAAAUCUCUCUGUGUUCUGCACACGUUUACACCGGUGUAAGACUCAGGAUAUUGACGUCAGUUCAUAAACAUCACACUCAUUCUCUGGCACAAUUUCUCCCAUGUUUUAUCAUCAUCAAAUUCUAAAUGAUAAAUAAUGUAAUUUUGCACUUCCAUUUGCAGAACUCCGUGGUGCACUAUUGAAAAUGACUAUUUUUUUGUAUUCAUUUCUUUAAGAAUUAAAACAAUCGGUUAUACAACAUAUUUUUGACAAAAUAGAUUAAUUUGACAUUUCAGUUGGCGAUAUUAUAAAAAAUAAUGAAACAUGUCAAACUGUAACAGACCAAAAAUGGGAAAAAAUAUCAUAUAGGCUUAUAAUUACUUUAUAAAUUAAAUCAUUAGCUAACAUGGAAAAGCCAUUUAUUAAUCUUAAUGUUAAUUUCAACAUUUACACGUUAUUAAAAU